AUGACCCCAGCACGGCCGCCCCCGCUCCCAUGGCCUCGCCUUUUGACCCCGGGCCCGGAAGUGACGCCGGGUCGAAGAUGGCCGCCCGCGGCCUCGGCUCUCCGGCGGGGAAGGCGCUGGGCCUGGGGGCGCUGCCGUGGCCGCGGGCAGCGCCUCGGCCUCCAGGAUGAUGUGAGGCAAAAAGUUCACCUUGGCACCUUUGGCUUCUUCAAGAAUGAGUUCAUGAUGGUCAAUGUCAGCAACCUUUCACUGAAGGGACCUUGGAGCCUUGAUGACGAGCAGCUCAGCAGUGGGAUUCGAUUUAGACCGAACAAGGAAUAUGGAAAAGUAGAGCCCUCUUCAGAAGCUGCUCCCUAGGUGCCUGAAAUUUUCUUCAUGACUGAAGCCAUUGUGUUGGUUACCAAGACUUCAGAACAAACCCGUGAGUCUCAGCACACGUAUGUGGGGAGCAACAAAAGUCCUAGCAGCCAAGGUGACAAGUCCAAAAGAAGCAUAACAGCAUCUCAGAAUGUAAUGGAGCAAGAGCACAGUUUUCAUAAAGAUAAAGGAACUGUUUCAUUCCAGUUUUAUUUUAAUAUCCACUCUGAAAACGAAGGAGGUCUAUACAGACUUUGCUUCCACAAAUGUGUUGGCAGUGAUGUGCAGACCAGUGAUCAGCUCCUGUUUAGCCUUGAUAUAGAGAUCAAGGAAAAGAACCCUGAAAGUUACCUCGCGGGUGAGAUCCCACUUCCAAAACUCUGCAUUUCUAUGGCUUUCCUCCUCUUUCUUUCUGGGACUGUGUGGAUCCACAUCCUUCGUAAAUGCAGGAAUGAUGUGUUUAAGAUUCACUGGUUAAUGGCAGCCCUCCCUGUCACAGAAUCUCUGUCCUUGAUGUUCCAUGUGGUAAAUUACCACUACGUUUCCUGUCAGGGAUUUUCCAUUAAAGGCUGGGCUGUUGUCUAUUACAUCACUUACCUGCUGAAGGACCUUCUGCUGUUCAUCACCAUCAUACUGAUUGGCACUGGCUGGGCUUUCAUUAAAUACAUCCUUUCAGAUAAAGACAAAAAGGUCUUCAUGAUUGUCAUCCCACUACAGGUCCUGGCAAAUGUGGCAUACAUCAUCGAAGAGGCAACAACUGACCAUGGGCUGUGGAAACAAAUUCUAUUCCUGGUAGACCUACUGUGUUGUGGAGUGAUCCUAUUUCCAGUAGUAUGGUCAAUAAGACACUUAAAAGAGAUCUCAGCCACAGAUAGGAAAGCUAUUAUCCUAGCAAAGCUGAAGCUGUUCAGACAUUACUACAUUAUAAUUGUAUAUUAUGUUUACUUCAGACUGGUCAUUCCAAUUCUCAUCAAGUUUGCAGUUCCAUUCCAGUGGAAUUGGCUCUACCAGCUGUUGGAUGAAAUGGCAAGGUUUAUGUUCUUUGUUCUUACAGGGUACAAGUUCUGUCCGGCAUCAGAUAACCCUUACCUCCAUCUCUCUUAGGAUUAUGAAGAUGACCUGAAGGUGGAAGCUGUGGUGGCUACUUCAGGGGUGAUGAAAAGCAAGGAGAAGAUCAAGAAAGCGGUAAAUGGUUCAGCGGAGCUCUGGCACAAAUGGAAGAACAAAGCACAAGGGGCCGAUUCCACUGGACCAAGGCAGCACUUUCCAAGAAAAUGUUACUGUAUUACUACUCCUCCGUGGAAAGUGAGCAACCUGAGCUUCCCAACACUGGGACUGCAGACUGGGGUGUGUGGAGGGGAGCAAAAUAUUGCAAAAAGCUUAUUAUUCCUCUGUUAAGGAUAUGGGCUUAUUAUGGGAUAUUGUUACACACAAGGAAUCUAGAGCUUUCUUAGGGAUGCUGGGUGGCUUAUUUGCUUCACCCCUCCUUUCUGGAACUACUAGGACUUCUGAAUUGUUUGCAGUUGUGUUCUCUGGAAUGCGUAAUAUCAAUGUGAAGAGAGACCUAUAGUGUGUGUGGGUAAAGUAAAUAUUUAUAUAAUGCAUACACACGUGCGGUGAGAUGCCUGUGCUGGAAAUUAUGAAGUGUCAUGAAAGGUGGGGAAGUGGGAGGGUCCAUCAGAGGAGCUUGUUCUUGUGGAAUGAAAAGGUGGGAGAACCCCUGAAAGAAUUCUGUGACUAGCCUCUACUGCAGCAUGAGUCUUCCCCUCUUUUUAUACUGAGCCAUAUUGCCUCUGUUGGUGGCCUCUUGCCUCUGGCUAGGAUGUGUAGCAUCCACAGGCUGCUGCCUGAGCAGCUGAAUGUCAGAAAGGCAUAUAGACUGCAGCUACCAGAUACUAGGCCUUAAUCUUCAUUAAGAGAUCUGGACAUUCAGUGUUGACUACACUUCUGCAGAAGAAUGGCAGUGUGGGGUUUCACCACGUAAAUGUGCUAACAUUUCUCUGAUGAGAAACCCACUUGGGAUCGAAUUUGGUGAAUGACUGUUGCAGAACUCAAGUUUCCAGGCACUGGAGAAUUGCAACCACGGGGAGCUUUGUCCUUUCAGUAAAGACUGGAACAGGAUGCAGUGGAGUUUGGUUUUAGAAUGUUGAUUCAUUUCUCUUUUGGACUGGAGCUGAGAUUGCAGAGCUCUUAAUAAAUGAGUUUUAAAGAA